GUUCGGCAGUUCAGUUGCCAGUUGGUUCGUUGGUCCGUGGAGGCCUCUGAGCACAGACCCGGGCCUCCCCUGGGGAAGGGGGUGGGAAGACCCCGAGGUGGAAAAGAAGGAGCACCUUGAGCUGGAUGGGGGGUGCAGCGAGCCUGGUUCGGGCUGGGGGCGGACUCGCUGGGGCUCCCAGGGCUUCCAAACUACGAAACGCCCAGAUGAGUCCAUCCAUGCUCACUGGAAACGGUCCACGGGGCUGCCGUCUCCCCUCCAUCUCAAGCGCGACCUGCGGCAGACAGCUGGAGAAGGUUCCAGAAAAAAGGGACUCUGGCAUGACCGAGGUGGAGAGGACCUACAGUGCUAAUUGCAGUGAUUUUCUGGAAUCUAAGGGAUGUUUUGCCAACACAACACCCUCUGGCAAAAGUGUCAGUUCCUCAUCUUCUGUGGAAACAGGCCCAAGUGUCAGUGAGCCUCCUGGCCUCCCCAGAGUGUCUGCUUACGUAGACACCACUGCUGACUUGGAUCGGAAACUCUCCUUCUCACAUUCUGAUCACUCCUCUGAAAUGUCGUUGCCUGAAGUCCAAAAGGAUAAAUAUCCUGAGGAAUUCAGCCUGCUUAAGUUGCAGACGAAAGAUGGGCAUCGUCCUGAGUGGACAUUUUACCCAAGGUUUAGCAGCAACAUCCACACCUACCACGUCGGAAAGCAGUGCUUCUUUAAUGGAGUCUUCCUCGGCAACAAGAGGUCUCUAUCAGAGAGGACGGUGGACAAGUGCUUUGGGAGAAAGAAAUACGAUAUUGAUCCCAGGAAUGGAAUCCCAAAGUUAACUCCAGGGGACAAUCCAUAUAUGUACCCAGAACAGAGUAAAGGCUUCCACAAAGCAGGAUCAACGCUCCCACCAGUAAAUUUUUCAAUAGUGCCUUAUGAAAAGAAAUUUGAUACAUUUAUUCCACUUGAGCCUCUUCCACAAAUUCCCAACUUGCCUUUCUGGGUGAAGGAGAAGGCCAACAGUUUGAAAAAUGAGAUACAAGAGGUUGAGGAGCUUGACAACUGGCAGCCAGCAGUGCCCUUAAUGCACAUGCUACUCCUUCCUGGUGCUUUGGACUUUCCAAGACAAUCCUGAGCAUAAACAGGCCCACAAAACAUGUGCUGACUGCACUCUGGCGACCCUUUUCCAGUUGUUUUUUGUCAUGUGACUGUUCUAAAUCCAGUGUUUGACCCUUA